CCACCCCCACACACACCGGGGGAGGGGCGGCGGUGUGGGAGCACCGCGGCGGGGACAGUCCCCCCCCGCCCCGCUUCCAGCUCCGUUUCGGGGUCCCCACUGCCCCCCGCCACGGUCCCCCGAACACCGAACCCAACACCGAAGGGGGCUCUAACGCCCUGGGUACCCCGCAGGGGCUCUCCCCGUUACAAGCCGCCCGCGCUCUCUGGGUCCCCCAUCCCUGUUGGGGUCCCCCCCCCCCGGGCUGCCACCACCCACUCCCCCUCCCCCGCCCGUCACCUCCCAGCCCGUCUUCCGCCCGCGCCUUCAGCCCCUUCCGCACGUCACUUCCGCCGCCCGGCGAAGAUGGCGGCGCCCUUGGGGCGAGCGCUGGCGGCGGCGCUGGGCCAGGCCCGGGUCUCGCUGGCGAUCGCUGCCCCAGCCCGACCCUACCGGGCGGCCCCGCUGCGGCGCGGCAGCGGCCCGGCGCCGGCGGACCCCGCUGACCCGCGGGCUGCAGCGCGGCGCUUCGGGCGGCUGGGGGAGGCGGCGGCGGUGCCGGCCUGGCGGCUCUGGCCCGACCCUGAGCAGCUGCGGGCGGUGGAGGCGGAGGAGCGGGAGUGGAACCCACCGCUGCGGGAGAUGGAGGCGGCGCUGGACCGGCGGGAGCAGGAGGAGGCGCGGCGGCGGGCGGAGAGGCAGCAGCUGAUCGCCUCCAGCCUGGCAGCGAUGCCAGCGCGGGUGAGUGCCUGGCGGCAGGAGCGGGCACAGGCACGGGAGAAAGCACGGCAGGAGGCGGCACGGCGGCAGCGCCUGCUGGCUGAGGCGGGGCUGGCAGGGCCUUCUCGCGCCGGGACCCCUCGCCGUGGCAGCCCCCAGGCCCAGGCGCUGCUGCAGGACCUGGAGCAGCGCCAGCGGCGGGAGGAGAAGCGACGGCAGCGGCAGGAGCGGGUGGAGGCUACCCGUAGUGCCAUGGCUGCCGCCGAGGCCGCUGCCGCCUCCCGGCCCCACCCAGGGGCCCUCCCCGAGGGCAGAGGGGCCGACUCCUCCUGACCCCCACCUUGUCCUCAAAUCACACCCAUGCACCCCCAAAAUGGGUUUAAAAUUCUGCGUUUAAUCUUUUC